AUACAAGUCUAGAGAAUCCGCCAUUAUCGGAAUACUCUCAAGUCUCUCAUGAUCUCAACAUAAACAAGACAAAACGCUUUUGUCUCUUUGUCUAAAAUCUACGACAAACCAAGAGAAGAAAAGAAAAAUCUCAUAUAUUUUUUUAAAAAAUUGCAUGUUCAGGAAGAAGAUUCAAAAAAUAUAAUAAUAAAAGGAUCAAAUGGAAAGUCUCACACACAUUCCUCCGGGUUAUCGAUUCCAUCCGACCGAUGAAGAACUCGUUGACUAUUAUCUAAAGAAGAAAGUUGCAUUUCCAGGAAUGCAAGUUGAUGUUAUCAAAGAUGUUGAUCUAUACAAAAUCGAGCCAUGGGACAUCCAAGAGUUAUGUGGAAGAGGGACAAGAGAAGAGAGGGAAUGGUAUUUCUUUAGCCACAAAGACAAGAAGUAUCCAACAGGGACACGAACCAAUAGAGCAACGGGCUCAGGAUUUUGGAAAGCAACGGGUCGAGACAAGGCCAUAUACUCGAAGCAAGAGCUAGUCGGGAUGCGGAAGACUCUUGUGUUUUACAAAGGUCGAGCUCCAAAUGGUCAGAAAUCCGAUUGGAUAAUGCACGAGUAUCGCCUUGAGACCGAUGAAAAUGGACCACCUCAUGAGGAAGGAUGGGUGGUUUGUCGUGCUUUUAAGAAGAAACUAACCACAAUGAGUUACAACAAUCCAAGAACAAUGAUGGGACCAUCAGGACAAGAAUCAAAUUGGUUCACACAUCAAAUGCAUGUAGCUAAUGGUAGUUACUACCAUCUUCCUGACUUAGAGAGUCCAAGAAUGUUCCAAGGCUCAUCAUCAUCACAUCAUAAUGAUAAUGACCCAUAUGGUGUUGUACUCAGCACAAUCAACGCAACACCAACUACACUAGUGCAAGGAGAUGAUGAAGAAGAUCAUGGAAAUAUUAUUACUAAUGAUGAUGAUGGUCACAUUAUUACUAAUGAUGAUGAUCAUGGUCAUUUUAUUACUAAUGAUAAUAUGAUUAUGAUGAAUACAAAUACUGAUCAUCAUCAUCAUCAUCAUCAUCAUCAAUCAGGAUUACUGCUCAGUGAUGAUCAUAAUGACCAUAUGAUGGAUUGGCAAACUCUUGACAAGUUAGUUGCUUCUCAGCUAAUCAUGAGCCAAGAAGAGGAAGAAGUUAACAAAGAUCCAUCUGAUAAUUCUUCCAAUGAAACCUUCCAUCAUCAUCUCUCUGGAGAGCAAGCAACAAUAGCUUCAAUGAAUGCCUCUUCUUCUCCAUGUUCCUUCUACUCUUGGCCUCAAAAUACAAACACCUAAAGAUCCAUCCUCAAACGUGUGUGAAUCCGAAUGCCUCUCUCUCUAUAUAAUUAAUUAAGGCUCAUGCUUAUUAUAUAAUUACAUAUAACGAUUACUAAUUAUAAUUUUAUAUGAAAUUUGUUAAUUUAUCUUAUCACACCGGUGUAACUUUCUUUAGUUUUGUGAAAUAUAUAAAACUAUUUCUAGA